CUUUAUCUCUUUUUAUACAUCCCCAUUUCUUCAUUUCCAGUGCCAGUGCCAGUUUGUCUGACUGGGACACCUAUGGAUUCGGUGUCUCUGUUCUCAAUUCCACGUCCGAGUUGGCAGUCGUUGCAGCGCUGGCCGACAUGAUGUCGGUGGCAAAAUACACCGCAACAAUCGACGAAAGGACGGGCUAUAUUACUAACAUUGAUAGCAUUCGAGAUCUCGAGUACCCGGGCUUGCGAGACACUUCAUACCUGGAUCAUGCAGGCACCACUCUUUACGCGAGAUCGCUCAUUGAAGCAUACUCGCAAGACCUCACAAGCAAUAUUUUUGGCAAUCCACACUCUGCCUCGGCCGCAUCACAGCUGUCUUCGCGUCGAAUCGAGGACAUCAGGGUCCAAGUACUCCGAUUCUUCAACGCUGAUCCUGACGACUUCGACGUCGUAUUUGUUCCCAACGCGACUGCCGCUAUGAAGUUGGUCGGUGAAGCCCUGCGAGAUGGCGAUCGCGGGUUCACCUAUUGUUAUCAUGCUGAGGCACAUACGAGCAUGGUUGGUCUCAGGGAACUCGCCACGCAAGGCUCAUCAUGCUUCUCGAAUGAUAGUCAAGUCCAACAGUGGUUUGAACAGCGUAAGACAGACUCUUCAACUACACAUGGGCCCAUCCUCUUUGCCUAUCCUGGACAAUCAAAUAUGACCGGUCGUCGACUUCCUCUCGAAUGGUGUGGAAGGGCUCGUACGCUCAACCAGAGAGGCAAUGUUCGAGUAUUUACUCUCCUGGAUGCUGCGGCACAUGCCUCCACUAGUCCUCUAGACUUUUCUGAUGCCAAUGCUGCGCCGGAUUUCACUGCACUCAGUUUCUACAAGAUUUUUGGCUUUCCAGACCUCGGGGCUUUGAUUGUUCGAAAAGCUUCUGCUUCAAUUCUACGACACCGGAAAUAUUUUGGCGGCGGGACAGUUGAUUCCGUAACGGUUGGGGAUGACCAUUGGCACGCCGUCAAGGAAAGCUCGAUCCACAGCCGUCUCGAAGACGGGACCGUUGCUUUCCACAACAUCAUUGCAUUGCAGUCAGCCCUGAAAAUCCAUAGCAGCCUGUACGGAUCAAUGUCGGUCAUUUCCAAGCACGCCAAGUAUCUCGCAUCAACUUUGAGAAACACGCUUAGAAACUUGCGACAUGCGAAUGGAACCCCAGUCUGCCAGAUCUACGCACAUGAAAAUUUCGAAAGCUGCUCGCAAGGCCCUAUAAUCGCGUUCAACCUACUGGACGAUGCGGGACAGUUCGUAAGCAGCACUGAAGUUGAGAAGCUUGGAAUUGUCAAGAACAUCCAAUUCCGCACAGGGGGUCUCUGCAAUCCUGGAGGGGUUGCAUCCCACCUUGGCCUCUCUACCGAUGAGAUGCGCCAAAACUAUGCAGCUGGACAUCGAUGUGGAAGCGCCAAUGACAUCCUAAAUGGAAAGCCUACCGGCGCUCUUAGAGUGAGCUUUGGAGCAAUGAGCAGUCUACAGGAUGUCACAGCUUUUAUGGACUUCAUCCAAGAAUUUUACGUCAGCGCGAAAAAGCCCGACAUCUUACCUGGUUCUGUGCCCAUGAUCCAUCCGUUAGAGAGGGGUGCUCCCUUUGUGGUGGAGAGUCUUUCGGUGUUUCCAAUCAAGAGCUGUGCAGCGUAUCGAGUACCUCCAGACAUGACAUGGGAGGUCGGUCCAAAAGGAUUGGCUUGGGAUCGGGAAUGGUGCCUUGUGCAUGCAGGGUCUCAUGUUGCACUCAGCCAGAAAAAGUACCCACGGAUGGCCCUUAUUCAACCAGAGAUUGACUUACCGCAGAGGAUUUUGCGAGUCUCGGCUCGACUAGAAAACGGGGUGACACGAACGCUCGAAAUUGGCCUCGAUUCAACGACAUCGUCAUCUUGGAGCUCUUUCCGCCGUCAAAGACCUAUUGUCAACAAAACCUCGGUUGUUUGCGGCGAAGACGUAGACGUUGAUGUUUACACCUCCCAUCAAGUCACGUCAUUCUUUACGGAAAUUUUGGAAGUACCAUGCACGUUGGCUCGCUUUCCACAAUCAGGCACCGUUCGACACGCACAAGUCCGCCGACCUGGUGAUGUGACGGGACAAAAUGAUAUGCAAAUUGGGAGGUCUAUCACUUUGUCGAAUGAGAGCCCUAUCCUGCUUGUUUCGCGCUCGAGUGUCAACCGCUUGAACGAAGAUAUCAAACAAAAUGGCGGCGCGGGGAAGGCCGUGGCAGCAGCCUCUUUCCGGGGCAAUAUUGUUAUUGCCCAAGAACUCGAUGGGGCACAACAAGAAGACCCAUAUGCUGAAGACGAAUGGUGUAGUGUUCAGAUUGGGGAUGAUCCUGCAUGCCAGUUCGAGGUGCUAGGGCCGUGUCAGCGAUGCCAAAUGGUCUGUGUCGACCAAAAGAAUGCCCAGCGAAGACAAGAGCCUUUUAGCACCCUGGCAAAGACUCGGAAAAGAAGUGGGCGAGUAUGGUUUGGCAUGCACAUGUGCCUGACUUCAGAGUCUCGCUGGUGUGAUCAACAGGGAAAUGCGGUUCACAUACGGGUUGGUGAUCGUGUCUCACCUUGCCGAGGACCUCUACCCAGUGUAUGAAGAUACUUAAAUUGUACGAUUUACGGUAAUAAAUUAGCAAGCUAGGAAUGAUUGAAACUAUUUAGCCAGAGACGACGAAGGAGUCGUCGUUCACGGCCUCGAAGAAAAAGAA